AUGGAAAGCAAGUCUCCCGAGUCCGACGCCCGCACUGUUUUCUCGGCUCUGCCGGAGGGUGCCAUCGUCGAUAUUUUGAAGCUAACGACUCCUCGGGACGCCUGUAGACUGUCAGCGGUGGCAUCAGUGUUUUCGUCGGCGGCGGAGUCGGACUCUUUGUGGGAGAGUUUCCUGCCGCCCGAUUAUCUAGAGAUCGUCAGCCGGUCGUCGGAGUCUUCGUCUCGACGUGAUUUCUCCACCAAGAAGGAGCUCUUCUUCAGUCUCUGCGAUUCUCCUCUGUUGAUCGAUGGGGGCAGAAGGAGCUUUUGGUUGGAGAAGCAAAGUGGAAAAAAAUGUUACAUGUUAGCAGCAAGAGAACUCAGUAUUACAUGGGGUGAUACUCCUGAGUAUUGGACAUGGACUUCUAUACCAGAGUCUCGAUUUUCUGAGGUCGCAUUUCUUAAUGAAGUUUGUUGGUUUGAAGUUAAAGCUAAAAUAGAUACUGACAUGUUGUCUUUGAGAACAAAGUAUGCAGCUUACCUUGUGUUUGAUAGGAGAGAUUCGUCUGGAUUUGAAAAUGUUGAGGUGAAAUCAUCAGUUGGAAUUAUUGGAAGUGAAGCCACUGAGAACAUAAUUUAUUUAGACAAAGAUGCAAGCGAAGAAGAUACGGAGGAUGAACUUGAAUAUGGACUUGUGAGUAUUCAGAAUGUAAGAAGUUGGAUUAAUGAUACUCUGACUCGAGUGUAUUCAUCACAAGAACCGGAUAAAGAACUUCUAAGUGUUGAAGAUGUGAGAACUUGGAUGAACAAAAAUAUAUUUCAAUUGCAUUCCUCACAUGAACCACAAGAACCCGGGGUUUCUACAAAAAGCGAUGGUCCAUAUCCAAAUAUGAGAAAAGAUGCAUGGUUUGAGAUUGAAUUGGGCGAGUUCUUUAAUGAAGGAGGAGAAAAUAAGGAGUUAGAGAUUGCCAUCAAGCAGUUUGAUGGUCAUUGGAAACAAGGUCUUAUUAUUGAAGGGAUCGAGAUUAGACCAAAAAAUGAUUAGAUGCUUCAAUAUCUUCCAAGGGUUUUUUUUUUAAUUAUUAUUAUUCAUGUAUAAUCUACUUAUAUUUGAUAGGGAAAAUCAUGCAACCAUACAUUACAAAAAAAAAAAAAGUUUUUAGAAAUUUGCUUUUUGCUUUUCAAUUUUAGUGUAAAGUGGAAAAAAAUAUUAUCAAUUCAUGUAUUCCAAUAGUUCUUUUGAAUUUCUUCCAAAAUGACCCUCAAAUGUUGAGGACAAGUACCUUAAUAUAUUUUAUAUUUUAUAUUUUAUCAA